AUGAGAAGGCAGCUUAUAGAAUGGGUGCGUAUGGAACCGAAGCAAAGACCAAGGGGACAGUAUUUCUUACUUGAAGCAAACACGUCAUUUCCUAAACAUAACCGAUUAACACUGGAAGGAAGAGUACUUUCAGCGCUUUAUGCAGGUUUCUCGCGAUGGUGGUUUAAGAUAAAAUAUCACGAUAGCGGCAGUCCAUAUGGAUGCAACUACGAGGCUACAAUAUAA